AAGGCUGAGAAAUGCAUGGUGGCGGUGAAGAGCCGAAAGACAUCAUACAAACCUUUGAGGGUGGGGCAGAAAAAUGGUCACCGUCAGGCUCUCUCGGGAACAAAUGGUUUUGGAAAUCAGCCCAUCCGUGAUUGUGAUGGAACAAAAAAACCUCCAAGGCCCAAAAUUUCGCCAAGGCAACGAGGUAGCCAUCCCAUCUUUCCCUCCAGCCUCCACCCACCUUCGGCCUACACGCAGUCACCGCAAUACUGCCCCACUGCUCCAAUCACACGACCACUCGUCUACUGGUACUCGCGGAAUAAUGCAGCCUUCUGCUUUGAACCGUCUACGCUUGACUCUCGCCUUCUUCAAACUCCAUAACGUCCUCCACCCCCAGCUUCCUUUAACGCCCCUCCAGCGUAACCGGCUCUUAGGACUCGUUAAAGACUCAUUUCGUCAACAGCUCAACUCGGUCCCCACCCCACCAACCGACUCACAUGUUGGGAACCUCCUCGCGACAUUUCCCUUCUCAACCUCGUUGGAUGGGAGUGGGAGCCUCGAAAGGAUCCAUGAAGACCCCAUUGGGGUCUUUGAACAGCAGGUUCUGGCCGGCAGGGCUACAUUGGGGCUGGCAGGGCUGUGUUUGAAUAAGUACGUCGAGGGAAUAAGGACGAAGGGAUGGAGAGUGGGCGAGGAGAGCGCGCUUGGUAGGGUUCUCGGAGGACUUCAAAAGAGUGGGCUAGUGACCAAGAUGAAUGCGAUCACAAGCUCACCCAUCACACGGCCGAUCAUCGAGACGCUUGUGGCUGAAGGGAGAGAGGCGGAGAUCAUAGAUCUCUUGAGCGCCACGAACAUUUCCGACAAAGAAAAGUCUAGGAUCCUGCAGUUUGGAAUUGUGGCUGUGGAGGUAAAGGCCGGGAUUGACAAGGCCGUCGAGAUGUUUGAGAGAUCGCUACGCACUUCCGGAAGCAAAAAGUAUCAAUAUGGCGAAUUCCAACCCGUUGGACUACGGCUUUGUCGGAAGGUCAAAGACGGUGAGUCGAGCAAGGAACACCUGUUGGAGAUGUUGGUGUCCAGCGCCAAACUCUGGGCAAAGUCGCCAUCAAUAGAAGCAGCGAUACACCUCAGAUUCGGAAGAAGGGCCGAGACCGCUAUCAACUACUUCCUCAGCCUCGACAAGGAGGGGAGUGGGUUUUGGAGCGGUAGGAAUAGAAAUUGGUAUCAUAAGACGGUGAAAAUGGGGCUAGAACUUGGGAUGGUUUGUGUCGAGAGAGAGAAUUGGGAGGGCGCGGCCACCAUCACGGAUAUCAUCCGCCGAAGAUUCUGCGGACGAGUCGCCGGUCUCUCCGUGCAUGAGCUGGGAGUGCAAGAUCAUGGGAUGGCCCGAGACGCGUUACAGAAGGCUUUGGAGAAGGUCAGAAUGAAGAGGGAGUUAUUGUCGAAGGAGGGGAGUGUCGGCGAUAUUCUUAACCGUUGGGCGGCUGCAUGAACCCCGGGAAUUCUCCAUCCCAGCAUCUCCUACCGUACAGUACCGGUACGGGUAUCGUACUAGUACAUUACGCAUUUUGGUAUAUUACUAUUUCCUCCCCCCCCUUUUUUAAUCCCUUUCCCCUCGCUGCCUCGUUCUUGCUACUGGCACCCCUUCAUCUCUUUCCGUCCAUCUUUUGGUUCUGAGCAUUGCCGUAUCGGUACGUCAGCCGUGGGGGAGGGACAGAGGGCCAAGGCGCCGCGUUGGGGAUAGGCCGGCGUUUAUGGGUUUUGUGCUUGUAUAUUUUUGCACGACACUGUUUCCGAUAUGGCGGUAUUCCAAUUUCACACAACAUCUGACAAAUUCAUAGCGGGUGUGGUGGGACACUCGUACUCGAGCACUCAUGCCUCCACGGGCUGCGGUACCAUACCGGCGCCAUACUGGUGUUGUACCGCAGUCGUGCGCCUAGAUGAGAGGAAUACUAGCGCCGGUAAUUUGGGUGAAAGGCCCUAGAUUAUGAUAUCACAAGCCAGGCCCCUGUUGGUCGAUACCCGCCUGGCAGUACCGGUAGCCCGCCUAACCUAUGAAAUAAUUUUCAUUCUGGAAGAAUAGUGUAGUACACAAAUAGCGCCGGUACCGGAAGCUAUUAUGUAGCUCUCCUGAUACCGGUAUUCUCGACCUGAGCGAUAAACGGAAAUAAACCCCUCUCAACACAGGCCAGAGACCAGGGUGUAACGAUACCAGGUUCCCCGUGCCUGAAUGAUUUGCAGCGAAGGGCAAGAGAGUGUGAGCGAAGGGGGGGGGGGGAAGGGUUGUUUCCAAAUUCUUAAGGCCAGCCGCCAAAAUAAGGUUAUGCCACUUUUCAGGCUCGCCAUGCAGCAGGAGGAUCCGGGGGAAGGCGCUCGGUAAUCCCGCAAAGAGAUUAUAGAUAUGGUAGGGUCAACCACAGCCUAACUCUACUCCGGGGCCUUCGCCUCCAUUCAUGAAAGCUGCCGGGGAGAAGGAUUUGACAUUCCGUCGGUGGGGGAGCUCAUUAUCGUACGUGGGAGUGGCGAUUGUAGCCUUUUGUACUCGAGUAUAUAGAUAAAUGGGGUAUAGCGGUAGCACGGGUAUUUGAAGUGUCAGGACCCGAGCCAGUGGCGGGGCAGCCUUUUUGCUAUCGUACGGUACUGCCCUAUCAUAGCACUGUACGAACACAAGUAUACCAUGUAAUAUCAUAAAAGCACUCGCAUGAUACUGUAGCGGGAUUCAAACUACUCAAGUACUCGUACCAUCAAGGUCAGCGGCGGUGAACCGCCCUGUAGCUUACUGUAGUCCUCUUGCGGUGCCACAGCAAUGUACCAGUACACAUCGGUGGGGAGAACAAAUGCGCUCUUCCCAGCUCUCAUUGUCCCUUUCGACUCUACCCCCUCCCCCUAUCCCUCCUUUUGGCAUUGCGAUCACUCACCAUGACACAGUGGUACCAGUAUUCUUGCAAGAAAAGGUUCCACCGGCGGCUGCCCAUUUUUUUUUUGCUCUGGCGGUAGGAAAAGAAAGGAAGAGAGCUGGCAAAAAAGGGAAAGGAAAAAAAAAUGGAAGAAAGAGGGAGAGCAGGUAUGGUACACUGGCAAACGGCACUUGUAUCCUACUCGUGGAGGGAAACGCUCAACGGGCUGGCCUUGCAGGGAUUCGAUGCAAAGCUAGACAAUCGGACAGACGUGUCAGGUCCUCUCCAUCCAGUCGAUGCUCUCCGUUGUCACACCUCAGCCCCUCUUUUGCAAUAUCAUGCCUGCACAUACAUACAUACAGCGGAGGAGAGUCUACAGGUGUCGACCCCGGGAGAAGCUGUGUACUGUACCGUACUGCACGCACGAGUACUAUACAUUUGCAUUCACAUACUGCCCAAGAGUCCUUUUUUCAUCUCACCCUUCAGGCAAUCGCACCCUAUGUGCCCAUCUACUCGCCCGGAAUUGACGGCUGUGGGCAGGCUGCUUUGAAGAUGAAAAGAAAGGGUGGAGAUGCCCGUGUCAUGUACGAGUACCUGUAGUCUAGAAUCCAACGCGUUGUUUCGCUUUAAUAAAAGGUUAUGGGGACAUCUAGCCGGUAUGAACGGUCCAGUGGGCCAGAGUCGAAGGCAUUUUGUUUGUUUUUUCGUCUCCCCAACACCUGUUCCCGUUUGCUGUUUCUGUCGAUAUCCCCUCUUCACUUGGUGAGACUCCUACAAUGGGAGCGGCUCCGGGAAGCAGAGGCAGGAGGAGAGGAAGCAGCAUCAGCAGCGUCAGCGAGGAUUAAAAGCUUCCGGUACGGGUCUGGAGCUGUGAAUCGCGGAGAGAGAAGCAGGCGGUUGCAGCUCCACCCUUCAAAAUACCGAGGUGCUCGAGAUACUCGACAAAAGAAUUGCAUCACAGGUUCUUGACAUAUCAGGCAUUAUUAUUAUUGUUACUGUUAGGGGAGGCGGAGGAGGGGAGAGGAUAGGCUGCAGCAUCAUAAGUCACCAUGCUCACUUCCUGCUCACCGUUCCGCUUGGAGCAGGGCCACGGUCGGUUCUUGCCUGGCCCUGUUUCCCUUUCCGUUUCCGGUCACGGUCACGGUCACGGCCAUCAUCAUCAUCAUCAUCAUCAUCACAGCCGUGGCGCUCGCCCUCCGAGCUUCUUCGCUUCCCGUUCAAACCCCUACGAGAGCCCAUCCUCAUAUUCUCACUCCCGCACCCCUUCAUCGCCCAUCCGUACCACUCGCUCGCACCCGCGCCCUCGCUCAU